UUUUUUUUCUCCGUCCAGAAAAUUCUCCUGGCUUCCUCGUUUCCUUCCUUCAGAUUUCUGUUCAACUUUUUUCCUAUUUAAAAUACCAACUCUCCAGGCAUGGUAGCUCAUGCCUGUAAUCCCAGCACUUUGGGAGACCAGGCGGGCAGAUUGCUUGAGGCUAUGAGUUCAAGUCUAGCCUGGGCAUCAUGGUAAAAACCCAUCUCUACUAAAAAUACAAAAAUUAUCCAGGGUUUGGGCCUGUAAUCCCGGCUACUCAGGAGGCUGAGGUGGGAGGAUUGCUUGAGCCAAGAGGUCGAGGCUGCAGUGAGCCAAGAUCGCACCACUGCACUCCAGCCUGGGUGACAGAGCAAAACACUGUCUCAAAAAAAAAAAAAGCAACUCUCCCCAUGACACCCUCAAUCUCUUUACCCUGGCAUAUUUUGCAUCACAGUUCUUUUCUGUCUUCCCAAAUUAAACUUUAAAGAGCUUUAUUAGAAUCUAGGAUUGUUUUGUUCUCCGCUGUAUCCCCAAAAUUUCAAAUAGUGUAUGGCACUGGAUAUGUGUUCAAUAAAUACGUGUUGAAUAGGUGAAUAACUUAUACUCCCAAUGCUCAGUAAUAUAACCCAGAGUCAAUCAUUUCACCUUAUUUCUUUUGGGGACUUGGAGGGGAUGUCUUCGUUCCCUCAUCUCUCAAAGGAGGGGUGAGCUAGGUCAUCUCAAAAUAGACAUUUAUUUAACACAUAUUUAAUGCCACCUAUUGUGUAUCUGGCACUGGGUAGGUGUGUGGCCUACAGUAAGAGAUCACAGUCCCUACUGAUAAGGAGUUCAUGGCCCAGUGGGAUAAACAGUCACAUGGGAAAUGACCGUGGGAGGGCUUCCAGAGGAAAUACCCGCACAUUCGCCUGGUGAUAGGUAGGGGACAAGCAGGUGGAGAGGGAGUGGGAGGCUGUUCUCAGUUUCCCACGUGUACACAGGGAACCGACUGAGUCUGUAAGCCCUGUGAAGGCAGCAGCGACGUGGAUUUUUUGUUUGGACAGAGUCCCGCUGUGUCACCCAGGCUGGAAAAUCGCGCCAUCUUGGCUCACUGCAACCUCCACCUCCCGGAUUCAAGCAAUUCUCCUGCCUCAGCCUCCCGAGUAGCUGAGAUUACAGCUACUUUUUUUUUUUUUUUUUUGUAUUUUUAGUAGAGAAGGGGUUUCACCAUGUUGGCCAGGCUGGUCUCGAACUCUUGACCUCAGGUGAUCCACCCGCCUCGGCCUUCCAAAGUGAUGGGAUUACAGGCGUGAGCCACUGUGCCCGGCCCAGCGAUGGGUUUAACUUGCCUGUUUUCUCCCCAGAUUUGGCUGGAGACUUAAUUGCAUUGUUCUUCUACUUCUCACAUGUAUAUGUGCAUUUACUGAAGGGAGAGGCGCAGUAGGCGUGGAGGGUUUGGGAAGACAGUUCAAUUCCAGCUUUAAAACUAUAGGACUUUUGGUAGAAUUCAUUUAUUUCCUAAAGCGAGGCCCCGCAUACGCGCUUAAGGUGGUGACCCGCGCGUUCCUUUACGCUGUUCCCAGGCCCUAAUAAUCCAAAUCCUAUCAUGUUGAACCUGGGAGGCAAACGGCAAGGUGAAAAGUCCUCCACGGUUUCUCUGGCCAGCGUUUCUGAGAGUGAAGGGCCGUUCCUAUUGGAGAUCGCGUCAACGCUGAAAGUUGGUUGCAACGUCUGCACUCGGGGGCGGGGAAACGGUCUCAUCCUGGGAUCUUCAUAGUCGGCUGUUCUCGAGAGUUCUCGGUGUUUUUACUAGUUGGCCUCCCGCAAGCCUCUGCGCCAACUUGGGAGGAGUUGACCCCUUGCGACUCUACGAACAGAGGAAUGCGGGGGUGCAGCGAAUGAACACGAUGCCCAGAUCGGAGACGGAAGACGGAAAAGAAAUGCUUCGAUAACGAAACAAGCAACAUCGUUUAUAUGAGUAUCACAUUGACUCCCCUCUUCUCAGAGAAGUGCGGAUUUCCAUCUUCCAACCUAAAACGAUCCCUGGCUUCCCCCACAUUUGGCGCGCCCUGCAGUUGGUCUCUGCCGCGCCGGGCGACCCUGAGGUCACGUGCUCCUCCUGUCCUUCUGGCGGAACGUGCUUCCCGCUGCGGGGACGUUCGAGCCAUGGCAGCCCUGCUGAGAUUCUCGUGUUGGCUGCUGCGUGCCGGGGAGGCCCCGCGCCUCCCGCUCUCCCUGCGCCUCCUCACUGGCGGCCCGGGCCGGCUGCAUGCCGCCUCCUAUCUGCCUGCCGCUCGCGCCGGGCCCGUGGCUGGAGGACUACUGAGCCCAGCCAGGCUGUAUGUCAUUGCUGCUGAAAAAAAGGAUAUUCAAGAGGAGUCCACUUUUUCUUCUAGAAGGAUUGCCAAUCACUUUGAUUGGGCUCUGAUGAGACUAGAUAAUUCUGUUCGAAGAACUGGCCGCAUUCCAAAGAUGCUUCUACAAAAAGUCUUUGAUGACACCUGCCGCUCAGGUGGCCCAGGAAGCAGUCACGCCUUGCUUCUACUACGUAGCUGUGGUUCUCUCUUGCCUGAACUAAAGCUUGAAGAGAGAACAGAAUUUGCUCAUAGGAUAUGGGACAAACUUCAGAAAUUAGGUGCUGUGUAUGAUGUGAGUCACUAUAAUGCUUUACUUAAAGUCUAUCUUCAAAAUGAAUAUAAAUUCUCACCAACUGAUUUCCUGGCAAAAAUGGAGGACGCGAACAUUCAACCAAAUCGAGUGACAUACCAGAGAUUGAUUGCUUCUUACUGUAAUACGGGAGAUAUUGAAGGUGCCAGCAAGAUUCUUGGAUUUAUGAAAACUAAGGAUCUCCCAGUUACAGAGGCAGUAUUCAGUGCCCUUGUGACAGGGCAUGCCAGAGCUGGUGAUAUGCAGAAUGCAGAAAACAUUCUCACAGUGAUGAGAGAGGCUGGAAUUGAGCCUGGUCCAGACACAUACCUCGCAUUAUUGAAUGCAUAUGCUGAGAAGGGCGACAUUGACCAUGUUAAGCAGACUCUGGAGAAGGUCGAGAAGUCCGAGCUUCACCUUAUGGACCGUGAUUUAUUCCAAAUUAUUUUUAGCUUCAGUAAAGCUGGGUAUCCUCAGUAUGUCUCAGAAAUUUUGGAAAAAGUUACAUGUGAAAGAAGAUAUAUUCCAGAUGCAAUGAACCUCAUUUUACUUUUAGUCACUGAAAAAUUGGAAGAUGUAGCUUUGCAAAUUUUACUAGCAUGCCCUAUAUCAAAGGAAGAUGGCAUAAGUGACUUUGGCAGUUUCUUUUUACGACACUGUGUGACUAUGAAUACGCCUGUGGAGAAGCUAACAGACUACUGUAAGAAGUUAAAGGAAAUCCAGAUGCACUCCUUUCCUCUGCAGUUCACCCUCCAUUGUGCUUUACUUGCCAAAAAAACUGAUUUGGCAAAAGCCCUAAUGAAGGCUGUGAAGGAGGAAGGUUUUCCUAUCAGAACUCACUAUUUCUGGCCAUUGCUAGUUGGACAUCAGAAGGAAAAAAAUGUUCAAGGUAUAAUUGAAGUCCUGAAAGUAAUGCAAGAAUUGGGAGUACCUCCUGAUCAGGAAACAUACAUAGGUUACGUGAUUCCAUGCUUCAAUAGUAUAAAGUCAGCACGUGCCAUUUUGCAGGAAAAUGGAUGUCUGUCUGAUAGUGAUACGUUUUCUCAAGCUGAAUUGAGAAGCGAAGCAAUAAAUGGGAACUUAGACUUUGUAUUAUCAUUUUUGGAAUCAAAUACAUUGCCUCUCUCGCUGCAUUCUAUAAGAAGUAGCCUACUGCUAGGCUUUAGGAGGUCUAUGAAUAUAAAUCUUUGGAGCAAGAUAACAGAAUUGUUGUACAAGGAUGGACGUUAUUGCCAGGAGCCUCCAGGACCAACGGAAGCUGUUGGCUAUUUUCUUUAUAACUUGAUUGACAGCAUGAGUGACUCAGAGGUACAGGCCAAGGAGGAGCGUUUGAGACAAUACUUCCAUCAGCUGAAGGAGAUGAAUGUAAAAAUUCCUGAAAAUAUCUGCAGAGGCAUUCGUAAUCUACUGGAUAGCUACCAUGUUCCUGAAUUGAUUAAGGAUGCUUAUAUGUUGGUUGACAGUGAGAAUUUAGACUCUCAAAAAACCAUGCAACUUAGGUCAUCUGAAUUGGAGUCUAGACUUGAAACAUUAAAAGCUGAAGAUAAACCUAUAAGAGAUGUCCUAAAGCACCUCAUAUUAAUGCUUUGUUCCCAAGAGAAUAUGCAAAAAGCCCUUGAAUUGAAAGCAAAAUAUGAAUCAGACAUGGUUAUCAGUGGUUAUGCAGCUUUAAUAAAUUUAUGCUGUCGACAUGAUAAUGCAGAAGAUGCCUUGAACUUGAAAGAAGAAUUCGACCGCUUAGAUUCAUCUGCUGUCCUUGACACCAGCAAGUAUGUAGGCCUUGUAAGAGUAUUGGCAAAGCAUGGCAGGCUCCAAGAUGCUAUUAACAUUCUGAAGGAGAUGAAAAAGAAGGAUGUUCCUAUCAAAGAUUCAACAGUCUUGUCCUUUUUCCACAUCCUAAAUGGCGCAGCUUUAAGAGGUGAAAUUGAAACAGUAAAACAGUUGCAUGAAGCCAUCGUGACUCUAGGGUUAGCAAAACCAUCCACCAACAUAAGUUUCCCAUUGAUCACUGUAUACCUGGAAAAGGAUGACCCAUCUACCGCUCUUGAUGUCGCCAUUGACUGCUGUGAAAAGUAUAAAAUACUACCAAGGAUGCAUGAUAUCUUGUGUAAACUGAUAGAGAAAGGCGAGACUGAUCUAAUUCAGAAAGCAAUGGACUUUGUGAGCCAAGAACAAGGUGAAAUGGUGAUGCUCUAUGAUCUCUUCUUUGCCUUCCUACAAACAGGAAAUUACAAAGAGGCCAAGAAGAUCAUUGAGACUCCAGGGAUUAGAGCUCGAUCUACAAGGCUUCAGUGGUUUUGUGACAAAUGUAUUGCAAAUAAUCAGGUUGAAGCUCUGGAAAAAUUAGUGGAGCUGACACAGAAGCUAUUUGAAUGUGAUAGAGACCAGAUGUACUACAAUCUGCUAAAACUGUAUAAAAUGAAUGGUGACUGGCAAAGAGCUGAUGCUGUCUGGAAUAAAAUCCAGGAAGAAAAUAUUAUUCCUCGUGAGAAGACAUUAAGAUUAUUAGCGGAAAUCCUUAGAGAUGGUAACCAGGAAGUUCCAUUUGAGGUACCUGAGUGGUAUGAAGAUGAAAAACAUUCCCUGAAUUCUUCAUUGGAUUCUUCAUCAGACUCAACCACAGAACCUGGUUUCCAGAAAUAUAUAUUGAAUGCCUGCCAAUUGAAGCAAAGCAAAGAGGCAUAUGGUAUUUUCCUGAAAGCAAAACAGCAAAACGUUGUAUUUAAUGCUGAAACCUACAGUGAUCUCAUUAAAUUACUGCUGUCAAAAGAGUAUUUUACACAAGCAGUGGAAGUGAAAGCAUUCGCGGAGACCCACAUCAAGGGCUUCACACUGAACGAUGCUGCCAACAGCCUCCUCAUCAUAACGCAAGUUAGGCGGGAUUAUUUGAAAGAGGCUCUAACAACGCUGAAAACAGCAUUGGAUCAGCAGCAGACCCCUUCGGGGAUAGCAGUGACCCGCCUCAUCCAGGCAUUGGCCAUGAAGGGUGAUGUUGAAAACAUAGAAGUAGUUCAGAAGAUGGUAAAUGGACUCGAAGACUCCAUUGGACUUUCAAAAAUGGUUUUCAUCAAUAACACUGCUUUGGCACAAAUAAAGAACAAUAACAUAGAUGUCGCAAUAGAAAACAUUGAAAAUAUGCUUACUUCAGAGAAUCCAGUCAUUGAACUCCAAUACUUCGGCUUGGCAUACUUAUUCAGAAAAGUAAUAGAGGAGCAGUUGGAACCAGCAGUUGAAAAGAUAAGCAUCAUGGCAGAGAGAUUGGCCAAUCAGUUUGCAAUUUAUAAACCUGUCACUGAUUUUUUCCUUCAACUUGUGGACGCAGGCAAGGUGGACGAUGCCAGAGCUCUCCUACAGAGAUGUGGUGCAAUUGCUGAACAAACCUCGAUUUUGUUGGUGUUCUUCCUUAGGAAUGCUGGGAAACAAGGAAAGGCAUCAACUCUGAAAUCUCUGUUAGAAUUGAUUCCUGAAUUAAACGAAAAGGAAGAAGCAUAUAGUUCCCUCAUGAAAAGCUAUGUCUCAGAGAAAGAUGUCACAUCUGCUAAAGCACUGUAUGAACAUUUGACUGCAAAGAAUACAAAAUUGGAUGAUCUGUUUCUCAAGCGUUACGCACUUUUGCUGAAGAAUGCUGGAGAGUCUGUCCCUUUCACUGAACCCCCUGAAAGCUUUGAAUUUUAUGUACAGCAGCUAAAAGAAUUGAGGGAAAAUUCUUCCUGAAAUAAGCAGGCGAUACUUUGUUUUGUAUAUAUUUGUGAUUCUGUGUCUACAUGUUAUUUUGAAGUGUAUUUGAAGGGAAAAAUAAAUGAAAAUUUUCUUUAUGUGUGACACAUGUUCAAAAUCUUAUUGACCAUAACUGUGCGCUUGGUUAUUGGACAUUUUUGGAGUUUUUUUCCUCUGGCAUAAAUUGAUAGCAUUUUCCUCAGUGCUGCUGCUGUGGGAAGCCAUACUUUUUCAAGAUUCUUCCCCUAAUUGGCUCUUUGGUUUCCCUGCUCUGUUUCAUUUAUUUCAUUAAAAUGUUAUUCCUUUAUUUAAGACUCGCUUAUUAGUCUGCUGUUUCUCUGAAAAAUUUUAGAGCUAAGUAUAGUGAUCGUGAACUUUCUAUUGCAUAAUAUUCUGCAAUAUAACAAUUCCUUACAUGUGUGAAGUCCUGCAUAACUUUCAAAUUUCAUUAAAUGUUGGCACUAGGAGUCAUCAGAUCUAGCCUUCAUCAUUUUCCAGUGAGAAGCAGAGACCCAAAGGGCCUGUCACUUGUGCUUGUUCAGGGGGCUGUCUGUCAUGCCUGGAGGCUCUUCGGCAUACUUCCCCCUCUUUCCCUUCUGCCACCGUGGCUUCCAAGCACCUCUGUUCAUAGAACGUCUCUGAAAUUGAGUCUUGGUCAUGACUUAUCCCAAAGUAGAGUGAUGUGUUUCCUCUCAUUUUAGUUUCAGGACUUUGUCAGCACAAGCUGUGCCCUAGGCUUGUUACUUUAUACUCAAUAUCCUGAAAAGAUGUGGCUUCAUCUAUGAAGGGGCAAAAUAUUGGUUUGUAUUUAAUUUUUUGAAAUAAAAGUUAUCCCUAUAUUGA